CCGGGGGGCGGUGGCGGCCGCCUUCUGCCGGCCUCCCAGGGAGAGAGGGCGGCCCCUGUGUGCCCGGGCGGCUCCCCGUGUCCGUCCCACUCGAGGGGGGCUCGGGGGGGGCGGUGGUGGCGGCGCUGGAGCCGGAUCUGGGUGCGGGCGGGCGGCGGGCGGCGAGGCUCGGUCAGGGCGGCAGCGGCAGCCCGCCCGCCGCCGCCAUGAGCAGCGUGCCGCCCGCCUGCUGGUCCCCGCUGCCGGCCCAGGCCGCCUCGCUGCUGGAGGAGGCGGCCGACCUGCUGGUGCUGCACCGCGACUUCGCCGCCGCCCUGGAGCGGUGUGAGGCAGGCUGCGGCAGCCUGGGGCCCGGCCCCGGCCCCGGCCCCGGCCCCGGCCCCGACACCGGCCCCGGCAUGGACACCGGCCCCGAGAGUUCUGCAGAAGUGAAGUGCUCCCUCUGUGUCGUGGGCAUUCAGGCUCUGGCUGAGAUGAACCGGUGGAGAGAAGUUCUGUCGUGGCUCCUGCGGUAUUACCACGUCCCUGAACGUCUGCCUCCAAAAAUUAUGGAGCUGUGUAUCCUGUUGUAUAGCAAAGUGGGAGAGCCCCAGGUGAUGCUGGAGGUUGGCAGUAGCUGGCUGAGAGACCUAAGCAAUAAGAGCCUUCCUGAGUAUGGUUCAUUGCUGGAGCUCUAUCUGUUGCGUGUGUUGCUUCCACUUGGCCUAUUUAAGGGGGCAGAAGAGCUCGUAGACAGCUGUGAUGUUUUAAACAGUGAGCAGAAGCUAGCAUUUUUCAAGUCCAUUUGUGAAUGCCAAUGUCAGUGGACUCAACAGGAAGAGAUGCACUCAACUGAUGAAGAGAAGCAAGACAAAGCAACAGAGACUGUGUUGGGUGCUCUGUCCCAAAAGCUCUUAACCAUGUUGACAUUGCUACGAAGAGCACUCAGGUCCAUGUCAAGCCACUUCUAUUUACUUCCUUACAAAAAGAUGCUCUUGGCUACUUUUCUGCUGUACCUUGUGGUAGUGAGAUUAGAUCCGGCUUCUCCCACAUCAUUGCCAUUCCUUUGCAAACUGGUCCAGCUCUUCCGACAGGCUUGGGCAGCUGUACUGUCUCCAAUCCAUAGGCCUCCAAUUCGAGAUUAAGUGUAUUUCACCACAGAACAUGUUUUUCUCUGCUGCUGCGGAAGUGUCAGCUUGUCUCGAGGACUUCAUGAGGCUCUUCGAGGACUGUUGAGAUCUGUGUCCUAAUGGAGAUGACUACCUGUGAACUCCCGUGUAGCAGUACCUUCCUUUCUUCAGACAGGGAACGGUGGUAUAUGAAUUUUGAAACCACGCCAAGUAUCUCUGACAUUUUCUUGUCUGUUAAACACCAGUCCAACUCUAGGGUAAAGCCACGCCUUCCAUAAUCUAUAACUGAUUAAGGCACUCAUUUGGAUGUAGCUCUUGAGUGAGAGUUGUAUGGACGGUUAGGAAGCAUGCUCCCUGAGAUGUUUUGGAAGAAGGUUCCAUCCUUGCAAAUACCAGGCAGUUCACUGAACAACUGAAAUCACAUUCCUGGAAGCAUGACUGUGAAAGGCAGUGGAGUACCAGUAAUUAGGGGAAUAUUCUGUUUGGCCUGAAGACAUCUAAAAUGCCCAGUUCAUCCAGCAUGGGAUGUAGGACAAGCCUGUGGAAGAAAAACGCUGCAGAAGAUGAAGCCUGUUGCAUUUUGAACGCCAUGGUUUCUCUUGUGACUGAUACCUCCUCAUACAGGCGCCCUAGAUUUUAGUCAUAUCUAAGCCAGAAAACCUAGGUGGUGUGCCACAAAUACUGUGGUGCUGCACCUGCUGUUCUUAAAUGCAAAUGACAGUGCUUUGUGCUUGCCUGAUGUGCAGUAAUCCUUAGGAGCACGUGGCAGUGGUAAGGAAAUAGAUUUAUUUUUUUAAACUGUAUUCCAUAUUAUUGUCUAGUUGAACAACAACUGAAGUUGUUGCAUUGUUUUACUCUUUCCCUACCUCUUGCUUUGUUUAUGUAGAUGUCAGAAAGUCUCUGUGUGUCUAGAACCCAUCUUCCCACCCCUACAUCCAAAGUCAUGAUUUACAUGGUAAACAUUUAGCAAUGUCCUAUCAUUCACAACAAAAGCUUAUUAAGAGGUAGAAAGAGAUUUCUCUGAGAUCCCCCAAACCUUCCCAAAACUGUAGCAAGAAAAUUGCUGUAUUUGCAGGUGGUUUGUUAGCAGACUGACCCCGUUUCUGACCACCUCAGGCAGAGACUGGAGAUUUGCAGUAAAACAAUUGAUUUCUUCUCCAUCCACCUAUCAUAGAUUGACAGUGAGUAAUGCCAAAGGAGAGAGUGCAGAUUAUUUAAAUAUGGCUUCUGCUGAAGCAAACUAUGUGUGCUGGAGAGAACAACUUAGAGGCACGGAGCCGUUGUGGCAAACAUAGGCAGCCUUCCUAGCAUCUGUGCCAAGAGGAUUCAGGCUCGCUGACGUCAGUCAAAAUUACAAAAUGGGAAACAAAGCCACCUUUCUGACAGGCAAAUCCUAUCCAACACACCAAACUUGUGAAAAGUAGCCUAUAUGUAUCCCACUGCAGUGUAUUACAACAGUAGCCCCCUUCAAAUGGAUUGUUUGUCUCUGGCAAUAGCUAUACACUGAGGUGGCAGCUAUUUCUGUUUCAUUUACAAGGAGAGCAGCCUGUUGGUGUCAUUAUGCUGUGUGCCCUCUGCUAAAAUAAUUUUGUCCAGUUCUUGAGUUAUCCCAAUAGAUAUCCCCUCCUUGAGUUAUCCCCUCCCCUCAACGUUUUUGUUUCCAGUAGGACUUUACAUCAGGAUAAGCAGCACAUAACUUUUUAAUAUGGUGAAGCAUUAUUUCUUAUACACUCUGUAGAUAGGGAAGAGCUGCUCUUGAUACUGCUAGGUGAUUUUUGUAAUCCAGCUGUCAGUGUGGCUACAGCUCCUUGCAACCAACACUUGACAGGAAAACCAGGUAGAAUCAAACACAGAGGGUCUGGCUGGAGUUGAGUUCUUCCAGAAAGUGACUAGGUUGUAUCUACUGGCCACUUGCUUUGUAAGGCCUUGCUCUACAUACUUUAUGUUAAUAAAUAAGUUAAUAAUAAGUCAAUAAAAUAGUAAGCUUCCCUCUGAAGUCAGGUCAAAUUGUUAACAACACUUGACUGUUUAGAUAAAAAACAUAUGUUUGCUCCAGAUUUCGAUUAAUACUUUCAGUUACAUGGCAGAGCUGCCCGUUUUGGGGCUUGGGAUCAGUGGUCUGCACAGACCAUACGCUAUUUUUUAAAAUUCUGAUAAAUAUCACAGCCACUCGUUAACCAGAACUUUAACCUUCAACUUGAUUUUAGUUGCAGGUUAGCAACCUUCACUUCUUUUGAGUACUGCUGAUUUUGCAUUUGUAUUGUAUUUAGUUCAUUAUGAGAGGGAAGAAGGCAGAAAUGAGCAAUCUGUUUUUUUUGCAAUUAAUACUAAGCCUGCAAUAUUUAAUUUUCACAAUAAAAUGACUAAUUAUUUA